AAAUAAAACAAAAGUCAAGCCUCAAAAUGGUUGACCAAAAAGGAGAACCAAUCAAGAAAACCCUUCUAACCACUUCUAUUGAUGACCCUGAUCACCAAGAUCCAGGUACGCCCCAUGCGGCGGUUUCCGGCGUGCCUACUCACUACGUCCCCCCUCCACCGCCUCCCACUCUCUACAUCCCCGCCGUCAUUGAAACCGUCAAGCCUAAACGGCCUAGAUACUCAGUAGCCGCCGCCAGUCAGUGGAAGCCGAUACAGUCAACGAUUAAUAAUUCCUCAAAGCCGGAGUCAACUCCACCGUCUCCGUCGGGGAACCCACAAGCCUCAUCCUCGAACACCGCCACGUCGUCACCCACCCCCUCCCCCCGCCCGUCGGAGUCGGAGCAUUUCCCGCAGCACCACCAGUUCCGGAAGGGCAAAUACGUCAGUCCCGUCUGGAAACCUAACGAGAUGCUGUGGCUGGCUAGGGCGUGGAGGAUUCAGUAUCAGGGCUCCUCCGCAGAGGAAUCCGGCGCCGACCCUCCACUUGGGAGAGGGAAGACCCGCGCCGACAAGGACCGGGAGGUGGCGGAGUUCUUGAACCGGCACGGCGUGAACCGGGACGCAAAGACGGCCGGGACGAAGUGGGACAACAUGUUGGGCGAGUUCAGGAAGGUCUAUGAAUGGGAGAGAGGAGGAGAUAGCGAGAAUAUGGGGAAGAGUUACUUUCGUCUCUCCCCUUACGAGAGAAAGAUCCACAGAUUGCCAGCUUCCUUCGAUGAAGAAGUGUUUGAAGAGUUAUCCCAGUUUAUGGGCACCAGAAUGAGGUCAAAUCCGCUGACCAGAGUCUCCGGCGGGCUCGCCAUAGUUUCCAGCGGUCCGGGUGGGGAUGCUUUUAUAAUCCCAAAGCCUCUGCCGCCGCCGCCAGCUCAUUAUCCCCUGUUAGGGUUAGAACCGUCUUUUCUACCAAGUAGCAGUGUGAGAAGGAUAGGGAAGAUCAGAAUGGUGUGGGAGGAGAGUGUGAGCAUAUGGGCUGAAGAGGGAGAGCAUCAUAGGGGUAGGGUUAAGCUUCUUCCUGGGUCGAGCUUCUUGAACGCCGAUGAACUGGCGUUCUUUGAUGACUGCAUGGUUGCAUCAACAAUGGAGUCUUUUGAGGAUGGUCCACUAAAAGGUUUAUCCGUUGACCGGUUCAUAUCAGGUCAACAUCUCAAAGUCUUUGGCCGUAGGAGGCCUUUAUCAUCUGUUGUUUCAAGUGAGCGAUUUAAUCAACUUCAUUUUGGGGAAGCUUCUACUCGGUCAAUUCCUUCAUGGGAAUUUCAAGAUCCAACGGAGUACUACGUAGGAUGUUUGAGGGUACCCCCACCCACAUUGCCAUGCCUCUUUGACCUCUCUUGGUACUUACAAGAACCACCCCCAGAAGAGCUUCGUUUCCCUCUGAGAAAAGACCUGUACAAAGAUUUACCCCACGGGAAAGAGUUAUUCUUCACAACCUCCAACGAACUAUUGGACUGUCGAGGCAUCGUUCUUGAAAUUCUCAGCUCCAUUAUCAGACCAAACCCCACCAUCCACAGUGACCUAAGCAGAGAUUCUCUCAUUGGACUUUGGGAUGACUGCAUCAAUCGGAUAGUAACCAAAUUUUGCUCCAUCGACUUGACUUUCAUCAGAAAGUCUUCUUCUCCUUUGGCCGAAACGAUCAAAGACCAGUGGCCGAAUGUCACGGCUUUCAUUGGGAGUGUUUGUUUGUGGAGGGGAGAGGAGACCGGUCAACUUAAGGAAGGCCAGCUGGACCCUUCGUCAACGCUCGUUGAAAAGAUGACGUGGACCUAUGAGGAUCUUCCGUACGUCUUAGGUUACUAUGCUGUCGGGUUCCACGUCACGUUCUGCGCGUUAACCCGUUUACAAGACCGCAUCGUACGGACGGAUCUUUACACCGUUGACCUCUCCACACCGUCGGAGAGACUGAAGGCCAUGGUCCCUUGCUGGAGAAUAGCCGGCUUGUUGACUCUCUUGGCUGAACGGUGCGUUGACGACGGAAAGGUCAAUGCUGACUUUGAGAGAAUUGAUCUUGGAAACGGAAACCGACUAGAGAUGACGCCAAACAUAGCCGUUAGGUAUUUGUCGAGCAAAACCAAGUGGGCUGCGGUCAAAGAGAUAUACGACUUUCUUGAACGUCGGGUCCCACACGCGGAGUUCCUCGUCCGGUCGUCCGAGAAGGAUCUUGCCUUGGUAUUCAAGCCAAGGGGUUACCGAUUCCGGCCGGCCAGUUGUGAACAGUUAGUGGAAGCGCUUAAGCAAGUGACGAAGGCGUUGGUAGCUUUACACGACCUCCCAUUCAUGCACAGAGACUUGGGGUGGGAUAAAGUGAUGAGGAGCAGCGAUAGAGACGGCGGGGAGUGGUUCUUGACGGGGUUCGACGAGGCAGUGGUGGCGCCGCAGAUAAAUCCGCACGUGGCGGCGGCGAGUGGGAGGCACGCGCCGGAGAUGGGAAGGGGUUUGCAUGGGGUGAAGGUGGACGUGUGGGGGGUGGGCCAGCUGUUGAAGACGUGUGAGGUGGCGGGAGUACCGAAGUUGCUGAGGGAGUUGCAGAAAAGGUGUUUGGACCAUAACCCGGAGCAGCGACCGUCGGCAGCAGACUGCUACCACCACCUCCUGCAGCUGCAGUCUUCGAUGUCAGCUGCCGCCGCCGCCGUUUCAGCCUCCGCAGGGUAUUGAGUGUUUUAAUGUGUGAUUGAUUGAAGCAUCUAGCAGCAGGCCAGCACUUUACGGUCCGUCGUUUUCUUCUUUUUCUGGAGUCCACAAGAUAAUAAAUUCAAUUUUGUUUUGUACCAUUAAGACCCAAUAAGGCGGCAUUAUUAACAUCCAUUCUGUUUAAUUUUGUAGGUUAGAAGCAAAUGAUGGUAUUAGAUUAGAUGGAUUAUAAUGAUUGAACAAAAGUAUUAAUGUCACUGACUCAACUGAAAUGAGUUUUGCAUUUCUAAACAGAGACAAGCAAAUUACGGUCAAAUGAGUGAGGAUAACUCCAUGUUCGUAUAUAUGGACGUUAAGCACAAUUUAAAGAAGUUAGUAGUUUAUUUCAUACUUAAUGAAUUUCAUCAUUUAUACGGAGUAAUAUGUUAACUCGUCUUCUCCCUUGAAA